AUGUCUAAUAGUGAUAAACCAAGUACUGGUGGAUUUAGUUUCGGUGCUCCAGCUGGUGGUGCAAGUUCUGGAUUUUCAUUUGGUCAAAAACCUGCUGAAAACAAAUCAGCUGCUCCUGCAUUUGGCGCUCCAAGUACAGACAAUAAACCAGCUUUUAGCUUUGGUGGUGCUUCAACAGAUAAUAAACCAGCUUUUAGUUUUGGUGCUGCCGCUUCCAAACCAGAAGAAAAAAAAGAUGAUAAACCAACAUUAGGUGGUGGCUUCUCUUUUGGAUCAACUGCUGCUAAAACUGAUGAUAAACCAGCAUUUUCAUUUGGUGGUUCAACUACAACUACAAAUGCUAAUGAUAAACCUGCUGGAGGUUUAUUCGGUGCUCCAAAGACUGAUGAUAAACCUGCUUUUUCAUUUGGUGGUUCUACUACAACUACAAAUACUAAUGAUAAACCUGCUGGAGGUUUAUUUGGUGCCCCAAAGACUGAUGAUAAACCUGCUUUUUCAUUUGGUGCUGCUGCUUCAAAACCUGCAGAAAGUAAACCUGCUUUUUCUUUAGGUGGAACUCAAUCAAAUAAUAAUGUUAAUGCUUCUACAGAUGAUAAAAAGGAAAACAAACCAGCUUUUUCAUUUGGUGGUGCUAAUGCCUCUAGUGAUAAACCUGCUGGUGGUUUCUCAUUUGGUGCUCCAAAAGCUGAAGAGAAAAAAGAUGAUAAACCAGCUGGUGGCUUUUCAUUUGGUGCUCCAAAAACUGAAGAAAAGAAGGAUAAUAAACCUGCUGGUGGAUUUUCAUUUGGUGCUGCUAAACCAGAAGAAAAGAAAGAUGAUAAGCCAGCUGGUGGAUUUUCAUUUGGUGCUACAAAAACUGAAGAAAAGAAAGAUGAUAAACCUGCAUUUUCAUUUGGUGCUACUAAACCUGAAGAAAAAAAAGAUGAUAAACCAGCCGGUGGGUUUUCAUUCGGUGCUGCUAAAACUGAAGAAAAAAAAGAUGAAAAAACUGAUGAUAAAAAAUCUGUUACAUUUACAAAUAGUGUGAUAGAUCGUGAUGAAAAGAAAGAAAAUGCUAAAACUGUUGAACCUAAACCUGUAUCAUUAAACAACAAAACAUUAGAAGAUGUCAUCACAAAAUGGACAAAUCAAUUGUCAAACUCAUCUGCAUCAUUUGAAACAUAUUCUAAAAAAGUUAAUGAAUGGGAUCGUGUAUUAGUUGAUGGUGGUGAAAAAAUAAGUCAAUUAUAUACAGAUACCGUUGCAGCUGAGAAGACACAAAGUCAAAUUGAUCAAGCUUUAUUAUAUAUUGAAAGACAACAAGAUGAAUUAGAAAAUUUCCUUGAUAAUUAUGAAGUUAAAGCAAAUAAUUUAUUAUCUGAUGUAUUAGCAUCAGGUUCACAAUCUAGGGAUUCUUCAGUUAUUACAAAUGAUCAAAAAAGAGAACAAGCAUAUCGUACAGCUGAAUUACUUGAUGAUAAUUUAAGUUUCUUGGGUACAAACUUGUCAUCAUUAAUAACAGAAAUAAAUGAUGUUAGUGAUUCUUUCAAUAAAACAAAUGGUCUAAAUGGCUCUUCUGAUACUAAAAAGGAAGAUGAUAGCUCUUUGGAUCAAAUCGUUAAAUUAUUGAAUACUCACUUAGACUCAUUGAAAUGGGUUGAAAAGAAUUCUGAUGAUUUGAAGGCAAAGAUUGACAAAUUCAAAGAUUUAAGUCUAUAA